CCACCAGGACCUGCGUGGCGCCAACUACUCCAAGCUCCAAGACAAACACAAAUCUCACCACCAGUCUCGCGAGAAAGUGGUGUUCCUGCCCGUCCUAGAUGGAGACGAGGAGCACCCUCUCCCCUACUACACGACGGGCGAGGUGGCCUUCCCCGCCCUCGCCGAAGUCCCCUGGAAGACUGACGAGAAGCGCAAGUUCAAGGCGCAGGCAGAGAUAUUCAACCGGGACUCGAGACUCCAGGACGCGCUGAUCGAAACCUCGUCAACGACACCAUCAUGGAGGAGAUCGUCGCCACGGCCUCGGUGGUUCUUCAGGAGAGCAAGUACCAGGAGGAGGAGGACCAAGUCAUCGCCGGCCUGAUCGAGGAGGUGCUCGUGAUGCCCGAGGUGCAGCAGCAGGUCUACUUCAUCGCCUGGUCGCUCCUCUACGACACGGGGCGCUCUCUCCCCCACCAGGAGUUCCUCGACCUCAAGAAGAGAGAGGAGCAGCUCGUCCUCGAACCGGUGGCGAAGGAGCUCUGUUGGCGCACGUGCUGGAGGGCGAGGACUGGGCAGACGACCUCAAGGAGGAGAAGAUCCUUUCCGAGAUCUCGUGGGAGGUCCUGGUGUUCAACUACCACCGGAACCUCCAAGAAAAUGCUCUGUCCAAGAACUAUGCUUUCAAGAUCCUACAGGAAAAGAUGUGUCCCAGGCCGCAGGAGAGGAAGUUUUCCGCGAAGGACUCUUGGACAAUCUUGAGGAGGAAUUCAACUCCUUCGACGAACUGGAGAAGCUCACGGCGCCGCCUCGC